GUCUUGCAAGAGCCUUUUCUUUCCUUGUUUCUUUCUUCUUCUUCUCCUACCUUCCCAUCAAUAUCUCUAUCUUUCUUUAUUUGAAAUAAUUCAAAGGAGAGAGAGGGAGAGAGAUGGGUAUUAAUAAUCAUCUUGUUGAAGAGAAGGCUCUUGAUUAUGGCAAUAGCAGAAGAAGAAGAAGCAUGGACAGCCUUGAAGAGAGAGUAUCUGUGUUUCUUGAUGAAGAUUUUGAUCAUUCUAAUCCUUCUUUUGAUGGCCAUGAUCAUUAUGAUGAUCAUGAUUCCUUUAUUGAUGAUCAUCAAAACUCCAUGGAAAGAACAAUUUUCUGGGAAUCACAAGAGGCUUUGCUUCAGGAAGUUCUAGAAUGCCAUAGCACAACAGGGUCAAAGUGGAGGAAAGAGAUAAACAGAAUAAUAGAGAAGGCAAAGGAGAGAGAGUGCUGCAAAUGCGCUGAGCCCACUAGCUGUUUCAGGCGAAAGGUUGUUGAUUUCCUCUGCCAAAGAGGUUUCAAUGCUUCUCUCUGCACUUCCAAGUGGAAUCACACUAAAAAAUUCCCAGGAGGGAAACAUGAGUACAUUGAAGUAAUUGUGAGCACAAGUGGACGCAAGAAGCAAAUCCCAUACCUAAUAGAAUUGGAAUUCAAGGAACAAUUUGAGAUAGCAAAGGCAUGUGAAGAGUACAAGAAACUUGUAGCUCAAUUACCAAAAUAUUACAUAGGAAAAGCUGACUACCUAAAUGCCAUUGUUGGUAUUCUCUGUGACUCAGCCAAGAGAUCAAUGAAGGAGAAGAAAAUCCAUAUGGGUCCAUGGAGAAAGAGAAGCUUCAUGCAAAUGAAAUGGUCGAGUUCUUCCACAGGAGCAGGAAGCUCCAUAGAUGAAUCUUCAAGUAAUAAUUUUUCUCUGCUUUCAUCAAACCAAGCUCAUGAUUCUUGCUUCCACUUCUCUGCAGCUCCUGCUGUGAUAGUCACUUGAUUAUAUGCUCACUGGAAGCCAAAAUAAAUAGAAGCAUUACUGUUUUUGAUAGAGAAAUUUUCAAUUUACAAUUUGGUCCCUGGGUUUUAUCCUAUUUACACUUUAGUCCUUGGAUUUUGAAAAAAUAAUUAUUUAAUCUCUUGGUUUUGCACUAUAUUACACUUUAAUCCUUGAAUUUUUGAAAAAUAAUUAUUUAAUCUCUGAAUUUUAUAUUAUAUCAUACUUUAGUCCCUGGAAUUUUAAUAUAUAGAACAAUUUAGUCCUUCUGUUAAUGGAUAAAAUUAUCAUAAACAUUAAAAUUACAAGGACUAAAUUGUUAUAUAUAUUAAAAUUAAAGGAAAUAAAUAAUUCUUUUCUCAAAAUUUAUGAAUUAAAGUGUAAUAUAAUGCAAAACUAAGGAACUAAAUACUUAAUUUCUCAAAAUUCAAAGACUAAAAUGUAAUAUAAAGUAGAAACUAAAGACUAAAUUGUAAAUUUGCCUUUUUUUUUUGACUCUUCAAGUUUCUGGGGUGAUUUAUAUAUGCAAUAAAAAUAAAAAUAAAAACAGUAUACUUAUGCUUGAGUAUUGAGUGGGGUAAUGAGAGCUGUAAUGUGCAUUUGCUAGGGCAGACCUCAGAAAGCUUUCAAAUUGGAAUACUUAAAGUUUGCAUCUUGUGGGUCAUUCAAGUAGCAAUUCUAGGUCAAGUAAUUAAUAGAAGAGCUUGAAGUGGUGUUAGUAUAUGUGUAUCUCUGUGAUGCUAAUGGAGAGCAGAUUGUUCCCAGGAAAAUUUUUGUUAUUAUCAGAAAUGUAUGACUUGUUUUGUUGAGUAUUUUAUCUAUGCAAUGAAGCAGAAGUUUUUCCAGAGAA